AAAAUUUUGCAGGUUUAAAUGAAAUUCAUUCGAAAUAAGACAAAACAUAAAAUAGAAGAAAGUCUCAUCAAGUAAAUAAACAAAAAAUCAGCAGAAAAGACCGGGAAAAUAGAACGAAGCCAUGGAUGUCCCAAAGUGCUCUUUUUGUUUGGAUAUAAAUAGUAAACGAGGGUUGAUGGACUUAAAUUCAAAAUUAUAUGGAUUAGACGUCACUGGAGUUCCUAUUUCAAAAGUUGCUUCCGAAGUUUUUAAUUUUAAGAUAAUAGAUGGAUUUAUUUGCGGUAUUUGUCAGGAGGAACUUGUAAAUGCAUACAAGUUCAAAGUGAAUGCUAUGAAAGCGUUUGAAGGGAAUUCUGAAUUGACGAAAAAUUUGGAAAUUUUGAAAAGCUUAAAGGAUUUUUUUGACGACAUUGAGUCAAUAAACGAUGUAACAAUCAUGAAUAACCACAAAAACAUUGCAUUCAUUAGAAAAAAUGAGUGUCAUAAGUUUAUUCGUCAAGGAUGGCGUCAUGAAUCGUGUGAAGAUACAACAAUUGAAAUACUAGAGAUUGAAUGUAAUCCAGAACAGAUACAGGAAGCAAUUGAAAGUAAUGAAGAAGAAGAAGAGGAGAUACACCAUGAAACGUCAAUCGUAGGUAACGAAGAAGAGGAAGAGACACAACAUGAAAUGGAAGAUGAAAAUGAAAAUUUGAACCCUGAAUUUAAGGACGAAACAACUUAUCUUAAAUGUGAGAAAGAAACGAUGCAAAGCACAAUGAAUGUCGUCACUAAUUAUACAAGUUGUAAUAUUGAUUACAUGAAAAGUGCUUAUGUGAGAUUGGAAAGACUUAAAUCUCUUGACUCUCCAGAGAAAGGUUCCACAUUUCAAGAUGACCCUUCCGACACCAUGGAUGUUGAAUAUGAUUUAACAUUGUGUGAUAAUGAGCCAUUAGAUAACAACGAAAAUUAUGACAGCUUAGUGAAUGAUAGAAACGAUUCCAAUUUGAAUGAAACAACAAAAAAUGAAGAAGACUUCAAUUCCAUAUUAAAGCAGAAGAUUAGAGAAAGUAAAGUUGUGUCUUAUAAUGAAGGCCAAAAAGUUACGGUUUGGUCUUGUGUUUUCUGCAAAAAACUGUGCUUAUGUGGCAGUAAUUUAAGGAAUCAUCUUCGGAAACACAUUAUUGAUAAUCAAAAUCUUAAAGACAUAAAAAUUAUUGAGAAACAUGAAAACGACCCGAAAUGGAUUGCGAAAAAGGUGGAAGAAUCAACACCAAAAGAUGAAUCGGAAAAAUUCAUUUGCUGUAUUUGUAAAAAGUUCAAAACUUCAAAGAAAUUUCGAUUAAGAUUUCACAUUUCAAAAAUCCAUUGCUUUAAAAAAGAUCGUAGAACUUCUCUUGAUAAAAAUGAUUCUGAACAGCUUCCAAAAUACGAUUAUGAUCUGGAUUGGGCUGAAAAGAAAAUCGAAGAAUCAAAGGAUGCAAAUGAAAGUGAUAAAUGGAAUUGCGUACUUUGUAGUACGUUUUCAACUGAUCGUGUAUUUGGUAUGAAAAUCCACAUAUUGAGAGUUCACUGCAAGCCUAAAACCAAAAAGAUGUCUUUGCAAAAAAGCUUAGAAUCUUCAAAGCACAAAAAAGAAAAGAAGCACGAGUAUGAUCCAGAAUGGAUGCUUGAAAUGAUAGAAAAGUCGCGAUCUCAUGAUGAUCCCGACUCGUUCUCUUGUGCUAUUUGUAACAACUUUUCUUCGAAGUCAUUAAUUGGAAUUCGUGUACAUAUAGGACAUGUUCAUUGUAAACCUAAAAAGAAAAAAAAUGUAGCAAAGACAAUCAACAAAAAUGUGGAUAUGGAAAUCGAAAAACAUGAUUACAACAUUGAAUGGAUUAAAGAGAUUACUAAAAAAUCAACUAAUGACGUGGGAUUAAGAACAAAACAUUUCUUAUGCGUUCUUUGUAAUAAUUUUAAAACUAAUUCGAGCUUAGGCUUUAGAUAUCACGUUGCUCGAGUGCAUUGUAAGGAAUCAAAGACACGAACGUUAAUGAAAGCAAAAAAACAAAUAGUUAAGCGACAUUAUGAUCCCGAGUGGGUUAAUCAAAAGAUUGAUGAGUCGAAAAUUGAAAGUGAUGUCGAUAAGUGGACUUGCGUUGUCUGUGGUGAAUUUUCAAGUGAAUCACAAAAAAGCAUUAAACUUCAUAUUAAUGCACAUUGCAUCAAACAUCCGACUGCAACUGAGACGACAUCUCUUUUGGAACAAAGUGAUGAUAGAUAUGAAUACAAUGUGAAUAGAAUUAGAGAAAUUGUUGAAGAAUCGAGAAUAGAAAACGAAUGCGACGAUGAAAAAUUUCAUUGUGUUGUUUGUAAAGACUUUACAACUGAGUCUGUACUUGGAAUAAGAUUUCAUGUUGCAAGAAUGCAUUUCAAAGCUGAAAGAAUGUCUUCUUUCGAAAGAUCUAUGUCAGAAAAUAAUGGUGACUCUGAAUGGUUGAAAGGAAUGAUUGAAAAGUCGAAAACUCCAAGCAGUUCAACUUUAUGGAAUUGUUGUGUUUGUGACAAUUUCUCGUGUUUUUCUUUAUCUGCAAUUCGAAAACAUUUGAUAACGUUGCAUUGUGAAUCAACUUCAUCAGGAUCAUUAAAUCACCAAGACGACAAAUUACAAGCCAAUGAAUCAAUUUCGGAAAGAAUUCGAAAAAAUUGGAUCAAAAAUGUUGUCAACAACUCCGAAGUUAAGAAGGAAGAUGGAAUUUUCUGGAUUUGCUGUAUUUGUUCAACAACUUGUGAAGGAUUCAAAGAAACAAAACUUCAUGUAUCGAGAAUGCAUCGAAAAGAAAUGAGAACAGAAACUCAUAAAUUAAUUAAAGAAGAAGAAGACGAAUUUGAAAAUGAUAAAGUAGAAAAAUGUCGAAAGAGAUUGCACACGUCAGAAGAAGUGAAAAAUGUUUGGAUUUGUCGUGAAUGUGGUGGCAAAAUUUGCUAUACGGAAGAAGAUUUCCGAAAGCAUUUACGAGUUGAACACAUGAAUAAAUUUGAUGGUACAGAAGAAAGUACGAUACGUAACGGAAACAAAAGAUCACUUGAUCAAUCUGAAGACGACGAAUGGGUUCCACGAUCGAAAAAUUUCUGUCCUGAUGACACUGAAAAUGAGGACAAAAAUAUUGCAUCGAAUCGUGAAGCAGUUGUUGAAGGCUUGCCUGAAAAGAAAAUUGAAACAAAACAAUUUGAAUAUCUUCAUGUUCUGCCUCCUGAUAUGUUUCUUUCUGAAAGUUCUGAAGAAGAAAGUGACGAAGAAAUAGAAACAGCAUUAGUGAAAAAAGAAAUCAAAGAAAAAGAAGAAGAUGGUGAGACAGAACUUCGUAAUGAAUUCAUUUCAGACUUGAGUAAUAAGGAUAAAAUAUGGAUUAAGCGUGGAUGCGAAAGAUCAAGAAAAAAUUCUUAUAAAUGUUGGAUAUGUGGGAAACUUUGUAAAAAUCAAAUGAAAUAUCAUCUUACUCGUCAUCAUCUACCAUUUUAUAGACUCAGUGUAAAAAGAUAUCAAGAACAUAAAAAAGAAUGUGAAAAGCUGAAAAACAAUUCUGAUGGUUUCACAUUACCCAAGAAAGAAAGAACUAAAAGGAACAGUCUAGAUGGGAAUAACGUAACAGGAAUUUUGAAAUGCAAUUCUUGUGAUCUCAAAUUUUUAAAAAUAAGUUCAUUUAAUAUGCAUAAAAAGAUUCAUUUCAUAUCUGAUUCAAUUGUUAUGGAAAUGAAGCUUGAGAAAUGUGAUCUUUGUGAUAUGCAAUUCAGAAAUCUCGAUGAUUUGAAUUACCAUAAAAAUAUUCAUAAAACAAAAGGAGAAUCGGAAUCAAUUCCUGCUGAAGGCUUUUGUUUCCGUUCUAAACUGAAAGUUGACUCGGUUGAAGUUCUGCCACAUCAUGAUGAAGAUAAUUGGAAUGAAAUAUGUGGACAUUGCACACAAAAAUAUAAAAGUGAAGAAGAUUUGAAACGUCACAUUAUGUUUUUCCAUAUGAAGCCAUUAUUAUGUCCAAUUGAUAAUGAACAAUUCAAAAAAUUCGACGAUUUUCUUUUCCACAUUCACUCGUCACAUUUAUUGGUUCAAAAUGAAAUGCCUGUUGUCGACAAUGGAUGUUUGGAAGAAACCUCAAAUGGAAAAAUGGAGGAAACAUUCAACGAUGCUGUUAAAGCCAUCAAAAUAGAAAAGGAAAAUGACACUUAAAAUGCAAUGUUGAGUAUGUUUACAAAAUAUCAUGUUUAUCAUGAAAUUACGCCUUAUUAUUGCCAAAAAAAAUGUUUAUUUAAAAAUAAGCCAAAUACCUACACUCAUUAUUCAAAUUAACGAUCAUCAUAAUAGUUGGAGAGAUUCUAUAGCUAUUUAUGUAUUUGAAAAUAAUUAUAAAGAAAUGGACAUAAUUUCACCUACUUCGCUUAUCCAUCUCAAAUAAAAUUGUUUUGGGUAUUUCAUGAUUGUGCUGAUUUCUCAUAUUUACGUUGUUGCAGUAUGAUUCCGAUGAUAUGUUAUUAUGUCAGUUUAAAGUCUAAAUUAUCUGCUUGUGAAGAUGAUAAGGGAAAAGCAGAAUAACAUCGUAAUUAUGUAAGCUUAUUUAAUAUAAUUAAUAAAUUUAGAAGCUCAUACGUG